AUGAGUGAUGGAGCGGGAGAUUUCAGGAAAUAUGAAAAUAAUAAAAUUGUUAAAGGAGCUAUGGAAUCCGUCCUAGAAGCUUUUCUGUUCACAUUCAUUGACCCUCCGAAUGUUAAAAUAUCACCUCCAAGAUGGCUGAAGAUGCCUUCACCGAUGCAGGUAUUCACACUAGUGAUGAUGACUUAUUUCUUCGUGACUGGAGGUGUCAUCUAUGAUAUUAUCAAUGAACCUCCAAGCAUCGGACAAACGACCGAUGAAAGGGGUAAUGCAAAACCAGUUGCUAUAAUGCAAUAUCGAGUUAAUGGGCAGUAUAUUAUGGAAGGCUUAGCAGCAAGCUUUAUGUUUUCUUUGGGCGGACUUGGUUUUAUCAUACUGGAUAAAUGCAAUAAUCCGUUGACACCUAAGUUGGAUCGAAUAAUGAUGUUGGGACUGGGUUUCGCUUGUGUUCUCAUUGGUUUCUUUGCCACUCGGUUGUUCAUGAAAAUUAAGAUGCCAUCUUAUUUGCAAGGUAUUACUGGCUAGUAGACGCACUUUUCACAUUCAUGUCAUCAGUUUGUGCAAUAGAAAGCGUAUUUCUGAGUUUUAUUGAAGCGCUUCAAGCGGUGAACAUCUCUGAAGAGGGAUCUUUGCUCAACUUUAUUUAUCAGUAUUAAUAGUUGUUCGCAUCAGAAAGGCAUGGUUUUUUCUAAGAAAUAGUUCACUGUUGAAUUUUCGGC